AUGGGAGACUGGCAAUUGUUGGGGAAACUUUUGGAAAAGGCGCAGGAACAUUCCACGGUGGUGGGCAAAGUCUGGCUGACGGUCCUCUUCAUCUUCCGGAUCCUGGUCCUGGGGGCGGCGGCGGAGAAGGUCUGGGGGGACGAGCAGUCCGGCUUCACCUGCGACACCAAACAGCCCGGUUGUCAGAAUGUGUGCUACGACAGAACGUUCCCCAUUUCUCACAUCCGUUUCUGGGUGCUGCAGAUCAUUUUCGUGUCGACCCCGACGCUGAUCUACCUGGGCCACAUCCUGCACCUCGUGCGCCUGGAGGAGAAGCAGAAGCAGAAGGAGAAGUUACGGCAAAAACGGCCCAAACCCUCCGUCAAGGAUGACAUGGGCAAGGUCCGGCUUCGCGGGGCCCUCCUGAGGACGUACGUGUUCAAUGUCCUCUUCAAGACUUUGUUUGAGGUGGGCUUCAUCGUGGCGCAGUACCUUCUGUACGGAUUUCAGCUGCACCCGCUGUACACGUGCAGCCGCUGGCCUUGCCCCAAUACCGUCAACUGUUACAUCUCCCGCCCCACGGAGAAGACCAUCUUUAUUUUAUUCAUGCUGACCGUGGCCUGCUUGUCUUUGCUGCUUAACCUGAUCGAAAUCUAUUACUUGGGGUUCACCAAAUGCAGGCAGGGCCUGACGGGGUCCCAAUGUGAACCGGUGCCCAAAUUACCGGCCAAGACGGGAACAAUCACCCACACUCAUAUCAUACCUCAUUAUGCUCACUACAGUCCUCCGGACAAAGGGUCGGGCUUCAGCACCUCCCUGCCGUUCCCCCUCUCCCCCAACAAGAACACAACCUCUGCUCUGGACAGCAGCCAGGCUGCACGGAUGCAGAACCGGGAGAACCAAGCCGUGGAACGCAACGGAAUCGGGGACCUGAACGUGGCGUCAGACAGCGGCAGUGACUUAGAGCACCCUGAGCGCCAGAGGCUACCGAGCCGGAACAGCAAGCAGAGUAGUACCAGGUCACGGCCUGGGGUUCUCGCGGUGUGA